AUGGUACGUGAACAAUACACUACAACAACACCAGGCACUAGCCUAGAGAGGCCGAAGAAUGAAUAUGUCUACAAAAUUGGAAUUUAUGGCUGGAGAAAGCGUUGCCUCUACCUGUUUGUUCUCCUCCUGCUUAUCAUCCUAGUUGUGAAUUUUUCUUUGACAAUUUGGAUUCUUAAAGUGAUGUGGUUUUCCCCAACUGGAAUGGGACACCUGCGUGUUACGAAAGAAGGCCUUCGUCUGGAAGGGGAAUCGGAAUUCUUAUUCCCUCUUUAUGCCAAAGAAAUCCAUUCUCGAGUGGACUCGUCACUGCUUCUCCAGUCUACUCACAAUGUGACUGUGAAUGCUCGCAAUUCAAAUGGGGAAGUCACAGGCAGAUUAAAUGUGGGUCCUAAAAUGGUAGAAUUCCAUGGUCAGCAAUUUCAGAUCAACUCAAAGGACGGCAAGCCACUUUUUACAGUGGAUGAAAAUGAGGUUGUAAUUGGCACAGAUAAACUUCGAGUCACAGGGCCUGAAGGAGCACUUUUUGAACACUCUGUAGAAACACCACUUGUCAAGGCAGAAGCUUUUAAACAACUUAGGCUGGAAUCACCAACUCGAUCUUUGAGCAUGGAUGCACCACGAGGAAUUAAUAUCAAAGCACAAGCUGGGAAUAUUGAAGCUCUUUCCCAGAUGGAUAUCAAACUACACAGCAGUGAUGGUGUGCUUUUGCUUGAUGCUGAAACUGUGCGACUGCCCAAAUUGCCUGAGGGUACAAGGGGUGGAUCCGGUAUUUCUCAGGGGCUUUACGAAAUCUGCGUGUGUCCGGACGGAAAGCUCUACUUGUCAGUGGCCGGCGUGGGCUCCACUUGCCAAGAAUACAGCCGUGUCUGCCAGUGA